CUAUUGUUUGUAUAUGGGACCUCUACACAUGGCCUUUUUAAGAAGGUGGACAUUCCUUGGCCAACACCUCUGCCUUUCCUGGGAACUAUCAUGGGUUAUCGUAAAGGCAUGUGGCAUUUUGACAUGAAAUGUUAUAGAAACUAUGGAAAUAUGUGGGGAUUGUUUGAUGGUCAGCAGCCUGUGCUGGUCAUCACUGAUCAAGACAUGAUAAAAACAGUGCUGGUGAAAUAAUGCUAUUCUGUCUUCACAAACCGGUGGUCUUUUGGACCAAUGGGAUUUAUGAAAACCACCAUCGCCAAUUGUAAGGAUGAAGACUGGAAUAGACUUAGAGCACUGCUAUCUCCAGCCUUCACUAGUGGAAAACUCAGAGAGAUGUUACCCAUCAUUUCCCAUUAUGGAGAUGUGCUGGUGAAAAACCUGAGUCAGGAAGCAGAGAAAGGCAAGCCUGUCAACUUGAAAAGAAUUAUUGGGGCCUACAGCAUGGAUGUGAUCACUGCCACAUCAUUUGGAGUGGACUUUGAUUCCCUUGAAAACCCACAGGAUCCCUUCUUGAAAAAUGUCAGGAAGCUAUUCAAUCUUAAUCUCUUUAGUCCUUUUCUUUUCCCAAUAACACUCUUUCCUUUCCUCACCCCAAUAUAUGAAGCUUUGAAUAUCACAAUGUACCCCAGAGAUGUUGUAGAUAUUUUGAAAACAUCUGUUGAAAAGAUUAAAGAGGAUCGUCUCAAAGACAAGAAAAAGCACCGAGUAUAUUUUCUGCAACUGAUGAUUAACUCCCAGAAUUCCAAAGAAAUUGAUUCCUACAAAGCUCCGACUGCUACAGAACUUGUAGCUCAGUCAAUCACCUUUCUUUUUGCUGGCUAUGAAACCACUACCAAUAUGCUUUCUUUGACUAUGUAUUUAUUGGCCACUCACCCUGAUGUUCAGCAGGAACUUCAGCAGCAAGUUGAUUCAGCUUUUGCCAAUAAGGCCCCUAUCACGUAUGGUGCUGUCGUGCAGAUAGAGUAUCUGGACAUGGUUGUGAAUGAAGCUCUCAGAUUAUACUCAAUUGGUUGCAGAUUUGGGAAAGUCUGUAAGAAAUAA